CGCCUUUGGUGCGCGAUUUGACGCUGAGGUCGGAAGUACUGUUGUGUUUAUAUCAUGGAUCAGAGGAGCGGGCAAUCUCACUGGAUGAAAGACACUCCACACCAAGGAGCCUGAAAAUUAUCAGUCCGCACAGCAUCCUGCUUGUCAGUAAUCUUUACACCUUGGAGUAGUUCAUUUUGUGAUUCUCUGCUCCAAUGAUGAAUUUUGAUGGACUUGACCCAGGUUUGGGGGAUUUCUCCCCAGCCCUUCAUGCCAGCCUGGAUCCUGGAUUAUCACCUCCUCUGGACCCUCGUCUAGACCCAGCUUUACUACAGGGCGUUGAAUUGGACCCCGAAGCACUAGGUGUGCCAGUUCAGGUGGCUGAGCCGGUCCACCUUGUGGAGGGCAUGUAUUCAGAGUUACACACAGUAGUGUCUGAAGUGGGAGUUCCCGUGUCUGCCACACAUUUUGAUAUACAUGAAGAGCUUUUGUGGAUUGGUAAUCACAGGGGUCAUGCCACUUCCUUUUUUGGCCCAACAAUGGGACGAUACUCUUCAUUUCAGGUCCAUGCAUCUGAUGACAUUCGACAGAUCCAAACUUUGGAGAAUGGAGUGUUAUUCCUGUCCAAGAACAACCUUAAGUGUCUGACACGCGGUGGCCUGAUCAUGUUUGACUUUCCGAUGGAAGAGUCCGUAGAUAUGCAUAGUUUACUACUAACUGACAAUACCACAGCACUGAUGGGUGGACUACAGAAUUAUGUGGUAGAGGUUGACCUUACCACUAUUCAAGAGACACAACGGUUCUCUGUAGAAGUUCCUGGGGUUGCCAUUAUGAGACAGUCCAACCGAUUCUUCUUCUGUGGUCACACCUCAGGCAAGGUAACCCUCCGGGACUUGCGAACUUUUCAGCUAGAGCAGGAGUUUGAUGCCUAUUCUGGAAGCCUGUCAGAUUUUGAUGUACAUGGCAACCUACUGGUUACAUGUGGUUUCUCUAGCCGGAUGAAUGGACUAGCAUGUGACCGUUUCCUGAUGGUGUAUGACCUCCGAAUGAUGAGAGCUAUCACUCCACUGCAAGUCCAUGUUGAUCCCCUCUUUCUGAGGUUCAUCCCAACCUAUACAUCCCGUUUAGCUAUUAUUUCACAGACAGGUCAGUGCCAGUUCUGUGAGCCCACAGGCUUGGCAAAUGUGGCUGAUAUAUUUCAUGUAAACACUGUGGGUCAGUUGGUCAUGAGCUUUGAUGUGUCCUCCAGCAAGCAGGCCUUGGUGUUUGGAGACUCUGGGGGCUGUGUCCACCUUUGGGCAGAUGCAGCAGAUGUCACUUUCAACAGAUAUUCACGCGAGACAGAGUUUGCACUUCCCUGCAUGGUGGACACUGUGCAUCACCUGGACUGGAACCAUGAGCUGAUGCCUCUGUCUCUUAUUCCAUUUCCACUGACUGGAUCAGAGCCUCUUCUUUCUGACUGGCCUUCUGCUUUUUCUAGUCCUCAACCCAGACGUGCUCCACCAGUUGACCCAGAGAUUCUGCGUACCAUGAAGACAGUAGGUUUUAUUGGAUAUGCUCCUAAUCCCAGAAACAAGCUGCGAAAUCAGGUGCCAUAUAAGACAAAGGAAAAUGACAGUGAAUAUGAUAACUAUAGCCAAGUGCCGGAGUCCCCAAUUGGGAGAGAGGAGGAACCUCAUCUGUAUAUGGUUCCUAAGAAGUAUAGGAAGGUGACCAUUAAAUAUUCCAAGUUGGGCCUGGAAGACUUUGACUUCAAGCACUACAACAAAACUUUGUUUGCAGGGCUAGAGCCACACAUUCCCAAUGCAUAUUGUAACUGCAUGAUUCAAGUGCUGUACUUUUUAGAGCCAAUUCGAUGCCUUGUUCAGUCCCAUCUGUGCCAGAAGGAAUUCUGCCUGGCUUGUGAGCUCGGCUUUCUGUUCCACAUGUUGGACCUCUCAAGAGGAGACCCCUGCCAGGCCAGCAACUUCUUGCGAGCAUUCCGCACCAUCCCAGAGGCUUCGGCCCUAGGUCUCAUCUUAGCUGAUUCUGAUGAACAGACUGGAAAGGUUAAUCUUGGCCGCCUAAUCCAAAGCUGGAAUCGCUUCAUUCUCACUCAGUUGCAUCAAGAGACACAAGAACAAGAGGGCCCACAAGCUUACCGGGGUAUUGGUAACAGUGUGUUUGGCUCUCCUGGGGAGUCAGUGAUAGGCCGACUUUUUGGCUGUGAGGUUGAGAACAGCAGUACGUGUCGCUGUGGGAAGGAAACAGUAAGGUCUACACUUACUCUGCUCUUCACUAUGCACUACCCAGAUCUUAGCAGCACUGAAAAGACCAUAAAGGAAAGCAGCUUUGCUGAUAUCCUGAAGAAAAGCAUUUGCCUUGAGCAAAACACACAAGCUUGGUGUGAGAACUGUGAGAAAUAUCAGCCAACAGUUCAAACACGGAAUAUCCGCUGUCUGCCUGAUGUUUUGGCAAUCAAUUGUGAGGUGAAUAGUGCAAAAGAAGCAGAGUUUUGGAGAGUUCAAGCUGAGUAUGCUUUCAAAAAAGUAUUGAAAAAGGAAGAGGUGGAUAUCCCAAAACCUAAAGACAUUCACCCUACAGAAUGGGAAGAUCUCUGCACGGUAGAGGGGUUGAACCUCUAUAGCUCCACAGAGGAGUUGAGGCAUGUGUGGAUUCCCUUGUCCUUACGACUGAACCUCAACAAAAAUAAAGAACUCGAUGUCUGCAGUUGGAAUGAGGGAGAGGAGCUGAGUCCAGAAGAAGAGGCUGCUGGCAAUGUAGUCUAUGAUCUGGUGGCCACUGUGCCUCACAUCCUUGACUCAAGAACUGGAGGUAAUUUGGUGGCACAUAUCAAAGUCAGUGAGACUUACCAUCAAAGGAAAGAGGGAGUCACUCAUCAACAAUGGUACCUUUUUAAUGACUUCCUCAUCGAACCUAUUGACAAGUAUGAAUCAACACAGUUCAAUCUUAGUUGGAAAGUGCCUGCUAUCCUGUACUAUGCCAGGAGGAACUAUCAUACAAAAUACGACCUACGCAUCAAGAACCCCAUUGAGGCCAGUGUAUUGCUAGCUGAGGCUUCUCUUGCUAGGAAGCAGCGAAAGACACAUGCUACCUUCAUCCCACUAAUGCUCAGUGAGAUGCCACAGGCUGGGGAUCUAGUGGGCUUGGAUGCUGAGUUUGUGACACUCAAUCAAGAAGAGGCAGAGCUAAGAAGUGAUGGAACAAAGUCUACCAUCAAGCCAAGCCAGAUGUCUGUGGCCAGAAUCACAUGUGUGCGUGGCCAAGGACCUAAUGAAGGGGUUCCAUUCAUAGAUGACUACAUCUCUACUCAAGAACAGGUUGUGGACUAUCUGACACAGUACUCAGGAAUUAAACCUGGAGACCUAGAUGCUAAGAUUUCUUCAAAGCACCUAACCACUCUCAAAUCUACUUACCUGAAGUUGCGCUUUCUGAUUGAUGUUGGGGUCAAGUUUGUGGGCCAUGGACUACAGAAGGACUUCAGAGUCAUUAAUCUUCUGGUUCUGAAGGACCAAGUAAUUGACACUGUAUAUCUGUUUCAUAUGCCCCGCAAGAGAAUGAUCUCUCUGCGCUUCCUGGCAUGGUACUUUCUUGACCUGAAGAUUCAGAGUGAAACCCAUGACAGCAUUGAGGAUGCACGAACUGCCCUGCAGUUGUACAGGAAGUACUUGGAGCUUAGCCAUGGUGGUAACCGUCAAGAGGACUUCCGCAAGGUGUUGAAGGCAUUAUACGAGAAAGGCAGAAAAAUUGACUGGAAGGUGCCAGAUUGUGAUGGCAAUGAAGGCCAAAGCAGUCCCAAGAACUUCCCUGCUGUGAUUGGACUAUGAGACAAAUCUUGAAAAGAAGAAACAUCUGUAACCAGAGUAGUGUUUCCUGAAGGUGAAUUGGCACAAGCUCAUCUUUUUUGUUAACCAUGAACAUUUUGCCCCUCAUUGCAAUUUUGCUGCCUGGAUUUGUCUAUUCCUCCUUUUUUAAUUUGGUAAUUACGGAUUAAUUACCACUACCUCAACAAACAACUUCUGAUGUGCCACCUGUUAUAGAUUUAUCCUGCCAAGGUGGGCCUUUUUUUAGCAGUUCAGUCACCUUUUAUCAGGACAGGCAUAUCUGCGUGAUUGCAAGCACUAUGCCAGUGGACCUGUUUCGCACAACUGGGUUAAACAGGCAUUAUUUUGAACUCUUUCACUUUAUUUUGUGAACUGAACUUAUCAGGCGGGUGUUAUUUCACCUACUUUUUUAUUUAAAAAAGAAAAAGAAAAAAAAAACGUUAUAAAUGAAUAAAGUUCUGAUUUUUGUUA